AGUGCUUCCCUGAGCUUUUAGAUUGUUGAUUCAGAAAUAAAAAUUUGAGAGGAAGCCUCUGGUCAUCAACACUACGGUAAAAAACAAAAAUCACAGGGUUUAGGAUGGUGCUGUAUUUUUCUUUCUCAGGCUUGGGAAGCUCUGAGAAUUUUUUUUUUUCCUUCUCUUCCCCCCCACCCCCUCAAAAUGGAUGUUGUAUUUUUCUUCCUCAGGCUUGGGAAGCUCUGAGAAUUUUUCUUUCUUCUCUUCCCCCCACCCCCUCAAAAUGGAUGUAAGUGAAAGCCCGUCUUUACUCAAUUUAGAAUCCAGAGAUUGUUUCCAUAAUUUGGAAAGCUUAGCAUGAUGAUAAAAAAACUCACCUGUCAUUUAGAUAUCCUCUUUCCUCCCUCUACAAAUCAUGUAAGAACUAUUGCCUAAUUCCCCUCCUGUUUUGUCAUUUACACAUCUUUGGGACUACGUAUAUGGGGGGAAGGGGUUCGGAAGAAGUGAAUUUUGUGCUUGUGAACUAUGUGCAUACAACGAUUACUUCUAUCUAUAUCUCCAGUAUUUGAGUUUGCAAAACUUGAUUUCAUUUCGUUUCUCUUUCUAAUGCCCCUGCAAUCCUUUUCAUAAUAAUCAUGGUGUUUGCAACAAAGCAAUCAAUUCUCUCAUUCUAGAACUCUCUCCCAUUUUCUGGUUGAGCUAAUGUUUCAGGCAUCUUAUGAUUCUUCCUAUAAAACUUUAUGAGGUCACAAAUUGUAACAAGGAAGAUACUGGAUUGACAAGUCCCCGCUGGUGGAUAAUGAAAAAAGUCGCCUGUUUAGUUGUUUUGGGCGUUGUUGCUACACCAUAAUUGGACUUUGUGGUGCGGUUUAGGACAAAACCACGUCCAUAUGUAUUUUGUGUGGAAAGCAGCAAACGUUGAGGCUGAUGGGAACCAUUAGGCAUUUUUCAUUUUGUAAGUGAAUGGAAAUAUACGAAUGAAGCACCCAAGAAAAACCCAGCAUUCAGAAAAUAGGAGGCCACAUUUGAGUGAAGGAUUGUGGCCACCACAGUCACCCAAUAAACUGGUGAUUGUGAUAAAGAGAUAAAGUGCACCACACCGUUUUGCCACGUGGCAGAUAGGAUUCUAUGCAACCUUCUCUAUUUCUACUUCCCUUGGUAUAUUCUUCGCUAGUCUCUCCUCCACACACAAGCACAGAGACAACGCUGUUGCAUUAUCACAUCUAAGAGAGAAAUGGCAACACUUUCAGGCGCCAUGGUGAGCACCUCCUUCAUCCGGAGGCAGCCGGUGACGAGCCUCCGUGCUCUGCCGAAUGUGGGUCAGGCUCUGUUUGGGUUGAAAGCCGGGCGAGGGAGGGUAACAGCCAUGGCUGUUUACAAGGUGAAGCUGAUCACACCAGAGGGGGCGAAGGAGUUUGAGUGCCCAGAUGAUGUUUACGUUCUGGACCACGCGGAGGAGAUUGGUAUUGAUCUGCCCUACUCGUGCCGUGCUGGGUCUUGCUCCUCCUGCGCCGGGAGGGUGGUGGAAGGCACUGUGGAUCAGUCUGACGGGAGCUUCCUUGAGGAUGAGCAGAUGGAGGAAGGAUGGGUUCUGACUUGUGUUGCUUAUCCUCAGUCCGAUCUUGUGAUUGAGACCCACAAGGAGGAGGAGCUCACUGCUUAAGAGCAGUUCACAUAUGUUCUCCCUCCCUCUCUUUCUGUCUCCUCCUCUGUUUUGUUGCCUGGAUUAGCUUAAUUUCAGAGCUUAUGAUUGUUGUAUUUCUGAACUUUGUAAUUGUAAUGUUUCUUUUUGGCUCAUUUUAGUCAUAAAUGAGAUUAUAUCGGGUUUGGCUGCCAAA